AUGUCUGAGAAUGAGGAAUUGAGAAAGCAAAUUUACUCCCCUCAGCUUUCCUUAUUACAAUGUAUAAAUCUACUACGAGAGAAUGGUAAAAAUAUUGGAGUUCAACAUGCGUUAGUUCAAAGAUUACACUCGUAUUCUUAUGAUGAGUUAGAAUUUUUUAUACCACAAUUUGUUCAACUUCUUGUCACCUUUGAGACUGACUCAAUGGCUUUGGAAGAAUUUUUAUUAGGUUAUUGUUCAAGAUUUCCUCAUUUUAGUUUAAUAGUGUUUUGGGUACUUCAAGCUUUUUUAUUUGAAUUGAGAAAUGAUCCAGCUUCGUGGGCAUUUCAAACUGUUCGGAAAUUUAUAAAUAAAUUACAGAGUAUUUUGUUUAAUGUGGAGGAUUUAAGUUCAAAAAAUUCAGAAUUUAGAGAAAAUUUACAGCCAGCGUUAGUAUUAUGUGGGGCAAUUGCGUCUUCUUUUGCUUUACCAAUACUUAAUGAACAUGUAGCUCCAAUUAUCAAAUCCCAAGCUAAACAGCAAAAAUCACUCGUUUUCAAACUAGCCAAUUUUCAAAAAAAUUUGACUAAAAAUUUAACUAUGAAGAAUCAAAAAAUCUCGACGGAAGAACAAAACAAGGAUGGUGACGAAAAUCUAUUACAACUUAGUCAAGAGAUGAAAAACCUUCAGACAAGCAGAAUAAAUAGACAAUCUUUAGUGAUCUUUCUGCCAGAAGAUUCUGAAGCUUAUACAACAGAUGAGGAUGAUCAAAGAUCACUGUACAAGAAUGGUUCUCCAAAAGUAGGUGUAUUUGCAGAUGUGGAUGGCAACUUGAAAGUAAACACUGUCAUAAAAUCCAAGAAAAGUCGAUUAAGACAAGAACAAUCAUCAUCAAAACCUUUAGACCUAUUAAAAUCAAAAGAAUUAAAUAGAAGUUCCCAGUCGUUACCUGACUUGACACAUACUUGGUCAAGACCUGAGAUUUUGUCCACAGAAUCAGAGAUGUCUUUACAUAUAAUGAGAAAUUCAACAGAUACUCAAUCAAAAAAGGUACAAGCACAAAUGAUGUCCUCGAAAUCAAAACUGUAUUCGGAAUUAUUAAAAAUUCUACGAGUAAAUUAUUCAAAAAAAGAGACGGAAUUUAUCAUGUCACUUCAGGAUAUUUCAUUAAGAAUGUCACAGGUUCCGAAAGCAGCUAGAGUUUCCGCCUUGAGAGCUGAAUUGUCAAUAAUAAAUGAAAACUUAUUACCUUCAGAAAUUGACAUUCCUCAAUUAUUACCAAUUACAAGUAAGAAAAAUAAAAAAUUUCAUCAAAUUUUAAAACUAAAUAUCAAUGAGGCUUGUGUUUUGAACUCAGCAGAAAGAGUACCUUAUUUGUUACUUAUUGAAUAUUUAAGUGACGAACUUGAUUUUAAUCCUUUUACAGAAUAUAACCAAAACCUUAUUAAUUCAAGAUUACAAACCUCAGAAUCAAAACGUAGCUAUGAGUCAAAUAAUACAGAUGACGAGUCCUUUUCAAAUGACAUGAGGGGUAUAUCAUCUAUGGAAAAAUUACCAGAUAUGCUACAUGAUGAAACUGAUUUGGGUGAAUUGCCCAUGCUUGGUUCAAGAAAUGUCAGUAGAGAUUGGACACAAGUAAAAUCCGAAAAUGAUUCAAGAAGGUCAUCACUGGAUGAUGAUAAAAGUAGCCGCAUUGUAACACCCGUUAUUUCAAGUACAGCAGAUACCCUGGUUCUAGCGGAUCAAACGAGAAUUGCAUCAUUGAUGCUUCAGCAAUUGGAAAGUUCAGGACAAUCAAACACUCAACAAUUUAUAGCCAUAAAAGAUAGAAUAGUGAAAUCAAUGAUAAGUCUACAAGAUCAAUUUGAAACAAUUGAUUAUGAGAAGAUGAAAGAAUUGAAAACCGAUGAACAAGAUGCUGGUCAAAGAAAAUUAGAAAAUGAUUUCAAAAUAAGUGAAGAUUGGAAUGCAAAAAAACAAAGAAUUAGAAAGGCAAGUGCUUACGGUCACUUAAAAAACUGGGAUCUUUGCUCGGUUAUUGUUAAAAAUGGAGAUGAUUUACCUCAAGAAUCUUUUGCCUGUCAACUAAUAACAAUGAUUUCCAAUAUUUGGAAAAAGCAUGGAAUUACUUAUUGGACUAAGAAAAUGAGAAUUUUAAUCACUAGUGCAAAUGCUGGAUUAGUAGAAACAAUCACCAAUGCUAUGUCAAUUCAUUCUAUAAAAAAGUCCUUAACAGAACUCUCAAUUGCAAGUGGCCAGAACGCGAGAGGCAGAAUAUUUACUUUACAAGAUUAUUUUGAGAAAUUAUUUGGUGAUUCAAAUACUCGUAGAUAUAAAUUAGCUCAAGAGAAUUUUGCAAAAAGUUUAGCUGCUUAUUCUAUCAUAUGUUAUGUAUUACAAAUUAAAGAUAGACAUAAUGGUAAUAUUAUGUUGGAUCAUGAAGGUCAUAUCAUUCAUAUUGAUUUUGGAUUUUUAUUGGGAAAUUCACCAGGUUCAAAUAUUGGAUUUGAAGCUGCUCCGUUUAAAUUGACCUCAGAAUAUGUUGACUUACUUGGUGGUCUUGAUUCGGAAUUUUAUAAAUUAUUUGUUCAAGUUUGCAAAGAUUGUUUUAAAGUUUUAAGAAAAGAAUGGAAUCAAAUUGUGAGUAUAGUACAGUUAAUGCAGAAAGAUUCAAAUCUUCCUUGUUUCAACAAUGGAGAAAAUACUAGUAUAUUGUUGGAACAAAGACUUCAACUACAAUUACCGGAUGACUUGAUUGAUCAAUUUGUUGAGUAUUCGCUCAUUAAUAAAAGUUUAAAUAGCGUUUAUACAAGGUUGUACGAUCAAUUUCAAAUGAUUACUCAGGGAAUAUAUAACUAG